UUAAUUUAUUUUGAAUAAUUUUAAGGCAUCCCAUUUUUAUUUGAUUUAUUUUUUAUUUUAUUUUACAUUACAUCACAUUACAUCUGCAGUAGCGUAGCUGUGAGACACUCCAUGGCACUAGGUGGCAGCAUUUCAUUGUGUGUCUUCCUCCCGCACAGGAAGAAAAUUGAGCGGGAGAAUUUGUGUUGUUGUUGUGGGCCAAACACGGUGACGGUCUCUAUGAAAGAUAUUAAUGCUUCCUGUGGGAUAUUAAUAUUUUAAUAAUUCCUUUCUCUAUUGAUUUGAACGUAAAACUCUCGUAAAUGUAACCGGAAUUCAUAAGCAUCGAGACUUUCAAAUUGUGUAAACAAAGAAGAGUGUAAUGUAAUCGGCGAAUGGCGGUCAGCUACCAGUCAUGGGCAUGUUUAUAGAGAGACGAAGAGCCGGACUAUCUGCGGGUUUAUGAGCUUCAUUUGCGGACACACAGUCUCUAUAACCGGGGGUGGACCUCAACACGAUGUCGCAGGUCAAAGCCAAAAAGAAACUGCAUUAUUACCAAAAACAGGAAAUAGCCCAUACUGAACUCAGUGAUGUCUUCACCCUGCGUGGCAUUGACACUCUCUUCGAUGACAUUGAUGCUGACUCUGAGCUGGGUUUGCCUCUGCCUUCUCCCUUUCCCAAAAGCACUCUUGUAAAUGGUCAGAAGAAAAGCUUGUGUGAUCCAGAAAAGAUGAAGGCAUCAUUUAAACAGGUACACAAGGAUACUUUGAUCCAAGAAAAUGGCAUUCAAGAGGAUGAAAUAAUUGAUAGAGAGAGUCCAUUUAAAGAAAUUGUUCCCAUAAAGACAUCCAGUCCUAUUGCUUUGGCAAUGGAGAGGGAUGAAUCUGUGGAUGGAGUCAGACCUGUGGCUGAUCCUCUUCUCUUUGGAGUUGAGGAUGAGGAGCCCAUUGGUGGAGACUUCAGCAAGGUGUCCUGCACUCAGCAGUCAGAACCGGCGAAGGAAUCCCUCUAUGGGGAUAGCGGGUCUCUGGCGUCACCACCAGAAAGGCUUGAGUUUAGAAAAACUGUUAAAUCAAACGCGGGUUCCUUAUCAAGCAUGAAGCUUGCAAAAAACACUAAAACAUCAGUGGAAGCCACCCAGUCUUCACCUCCAGAAAUGAAGAAAGAUUUAACAAUGGAUAAAGAUCCUGGUCAGCUUUCUCCUGUUUUGGUUCGGAAGAGUGAACCAAAACUUCGGGAGGAAGAGCAAUGCAAAAAUCAAGUGAUGGAGGAUCCAGGGAAAGGAUUGUCUUUCCAGCAGAAGCUUAAAAAAGCCUUGAUGCCUAAAUCCCCAUGUUCCAGGAAACAAGCAGCAGCUCCAGCUCCUCCAUCUGUAGAUUUAGAGGAGGACUUCAUCAUCCUGGAUGAUGAGGCACCUGUUCUUUUCAUCAUCCCUCGCAAGGCAGAGGUCAAGAACAAAAGACCUGUCCCAGCAGACACUGCAAAGGAGAAGGUUCUUACAGAGCCGCACUCCACAGAUCAGCUCUCGCAGAGUGAAGUGGAGAUGACUAAUCAGCAUGAGGCAGAUGCUAAAAAAAACAAGGCACAAAUCGAGUCUGGUAAACAAAAAAUGAAAGGAAAAUGUGGAAAAGCUUCAAAAAAGAGUGGCAAAGACUCUGUGACUCAUGAUGGUCGAGAGGAUAGAGCAGACCCUGUAACCGAAGCGCUGGAGGACAAUGAUUGUGAUCAGACCUCAUCUCAAACUGUACAGGGACACAAAGAAGUACAAGCAGGUAAAUCACACUUUUACCAAAUUUUAGAUUUAUGA